CAGACGGGUAAAAUCAAUUAGUUGAUUGAUGGAAAUCUCUCGGUAAAGUUCACAGUUUUUUUUUGCCGGAUUAGUUUUCACGAGUGCGUCAAUCAGCAGCAGCUAUGGCCAAUCGUCACCGUCAAUCGCUAUCAUUAUUCACAAAAGUGUUCGUGCCUCUUGUUCUAUGCUGCGUAGCAAUAACUCAAUGUACACUGGCAAACCAAUUCGAUACUUACGGGCAGUAUGAUAACACCGGUUUCGGGCAGUACGAUAACAAUGGUUUCGGGCAGUACGAUAACACCGGUUUCGGGCAGUAUGAUAACACCGGUUUCGGGCAGUACGGUGACACUGGUUUCGGGCACUACGAUAACACUGGUUUCGGGCAGUACGGUGACACUGGUUUCGGGCACUACGAUAAUACUGGUUUCGGGCAGUACGGUGACACUGGUUUCGGGCAGCACGAUGACACUGGUUUCGGGCAGAACGACGACACUGAUUUCGAGGAGUACGAUGAGAAUGGCUUGGGAAAUCGUAUUGGGAAUCAAGAUCCAACAUGUGAACAAAUCCGCGCAGAUAAACGACGACGAAGACCUCUUGGGAUACUGAGAUGGGGCUGAAGUUCACACCUAACGGAUGUCGUAGGUUAGCCUCGUUUGUACUGAAUUGGUGAAAGGUUUGUGUUUAUCCAAAAAUGAGGUUAAUAAAAUCUUGAAUGUUCUUACCUUUUACUCUUA